ACAACGUUAUCACUCGAGAAAAUGUUAAAUAAUUUGCCAUUUUUUGCCUGCGGUGAAAUUGUGGCUGGUUUUGGUCGGGGUUCCAAAGAAUUGGGUAUUCCCACAGCAAAUUAUCCAUUGGAAGUUGUUAAAUCUUUACCAGAGGCCAUACACCCGGGUGUUUAUUAUGGCUGGGCCAAUGUUGAUAAUGGUCCCGUGUAUAAAAUGGUCAUGAGUAUCGGUUGGAAUCCAUUUUAUGACAAUAAAGAAAAAAGUAUGGAAACACACAUAUUACAUAAAUUCGAUGGUGAUCUCUAUGGAAGCCUGUUAAAAGUUUGCAUCGCCGGCUAUCUAAGACCUGAAGAAAAUUUCAAAAGUUUAGAUGAUUUAAUUGCCCGCAUCAAACAAGAUAUUGCCGAGGCAGAGGAGCUAUUGGAAACAAAUGAAACGAAUAGACAAUUACAAUAUCAUGAAUAUUUCACAGAUAGCAGCUCUCUAAGUAAUUUAAAAAAUGGCAAAAAUUAG